AUGGCAUCAAUUCAAUAUUUAAUACUUGCAAGUGCAAUUGUAAUGCUUAUGCUUGCUCAUGAAGGACAUGCAAUUAGAUGUUUCGACUGUAACAGCCACACCGAUGUCGGAUGUUCAGAUAAGGCACCACCAAAAGACUUCGAGAAAGAUUGUAGCGAGCACAAAAAUGGCCCUAAAUAUACUUUCUGUAGAAAGAUAACUCAAAUCAUUGAAUUCUCAGUUAAUAAUUUGCCUCCAGACACGAGAACAAUUCGCUCAUGCGGAUAUGAAGUAGGCAAUUAUCCAAAUAAAUGCUAUCAGCGUUCAGGGUUCGGUGGCAGACAAGAAGUUUGCGCUUGUGAUGGAGAUCUGUGCAAUGGUGCUGUCAAAAUUAAGGCAACUCUUGGAGUUCUUUUAGCAGUUCUCGUUGCUUUCAUCGCCCGCGUUUAA